CCUUCCUGGACAAUCUCCUGUGGUAAAUUAACUUUGGAAUUUGCUGUACCAGUUGUUUUUCGUCCUCUUCCACCAGAACGCCGCGCAUUAUGAAGGCGUUCAGCUGGAUUCCUUGGCUGCUGGUGAUAUUUAUCUGUAUGGCAGAGGCGAGGUACAAGGUCCGAAGACCUCUGCCUCCUCCACCGCCUCCUCCACCUCAGAUUUACAAGAAAUCAUGGCCCAUUGGGCACAGAGUGUCCAUGGGAAAUACUGUCCACAUCAAUAGUAAUAAUAAUUACCCACCAAAGAGGCCUCUAUUUGGAAAGCCUCAGAACUUCAGACGACCAAUGAGACCGACUUACAACGCUCCUCCAGCCUCUUGGAAAAAUCCGAUGCCCCUUUUAAGUGCAAUACCAAACAUCCCAGUCCACCCACAACGUCAGCCCAUCAAGGAGUUCCAGCUGAUGAGCAAAGUACCAGAGUACAGUCCUGAGUACCGGCCUGAACCCAUGGUGAUGCCUCCAACCCAUCGUGGAGGCAUUGACGAUGAUAAAGGCCCAAUUCACACGAUACCAGCGCCCAAUUUAAGCCUCGCUGAUAAGCCCUAUAAUCCGAAUGACGGUACAGAGCAUGAACAUGAAGAUAACAGACGAUUUCCCAAUGAUGGACAGUACAAUAAUCCAGCGAGUGGUCACGAGGAUCAUCGGCGAUUUCCCCACGACGGAGAAUACAAUCCUAAUGUUCAAGUGACAAACUACGGAUAUGGGACCUUGAUGACAAGUGUCUCCCCGCAGAGGCCAGUGACCUCUCCUACCCCGACUCAAAAUGUCUACGAAGUUACAGAGACAAACGAGAUAAACUUCAAAGAUUACCAGACAGUAGCUCCGACUUACUACACCCCGGAUUUCGAUCCAUCGAGGAUAUCCACUGGUACCAGUGACAUUCAGUCCAACGAGCUGUACCUGAAUCAUCCGCAGAUCUCAAGGGCAGGUGUUGUGGGGACGAAUAUUCAAUUUGGACAGUCCAACGUUCCGAUGCAAACGAAUUUGCACAGCUCUCUCCACGUCGGUUUUCCAGGGACUGGUCAAGGUCAACAGCAGAGUGGGCACGUUGUUUUUCCAGGGACUGGUCAGGCUCAACAGGACAUUCGUGGAGGACAACAGGCACCUGAUCUUCAUGUUGGACAUCCAGCAGCUGCUGGUCCACCUCUGUCAGCUACACAGCUGUACGAUCUUCUGAAUAGCUUCCCUCAGUCGUUUGAUGAACAGUACGCAGGGGCACAGCAACCACAACUGCAGCAACAUCUUCAGCAACAGCUGGGACAGCUCUUCCAGGCUGGGGUGAACCCCACGGCAUUCUCGCAGCCCCAGAUGCACUCAUUCAAUUAUGAUGAACAGGCGAAUAAGCGACUGAGGAAACAGCAACAACAGCAGUUGCAACAACAGGUACUUGUUGGUCAAGACUAUGCAUCGGGUAGAGUAACAGCUGGUUAUAAUCUCCAACCAGAACAGACUCUGGACGUACGCAACAAUCCCAACGUCAAUCAGGAUUCCCUGGGAUAUCAGCACCCCGAGCCAUCGGCCCAAGCUGAGAAUAACAUCGAUUACGAUACGGCUAUAGCGGCCACGAGCCAGAACCAGAACAACUACUUUGGCUCGAGUGGAGGUGAUGACAAUGUGGCUACUUCUUUUUACACGACUCUUCCUAAUAGAGAAGCUGCGGAGAAACUGGCAGCCCUCGCAGCCGCUGGAAAUGUCAACAGUCAGCUGAUGGAACACAUCAGAAAACAGCAGAAGAAACAGGAGAGUGAGGAGGCACAAGGGGACGAGCCCCUUCCAAGCAAUCAUAGAAUUGAAUAUCAAGUUAGUGAACAGCUUGAUGAUGUACCCAGGGAGGAGAAUCCCAGGGGUAGAUUUAGAUUCGGCUCGCAGAAGUAUUCGCACAGGCAGCAGAUUAGGCAGCAGCAGAUUAAACAGGAACAGGAAAAGGCAGAUAAACAUUACGAACAGCAACAACCAAAACCGGAAGAGGAAGACGAAGAAGAGAAGCCCCUGAGAAUAAUGGUACCUGAAAUGCAAGAGAAGAAUCCCGACGAAGGGACGAGUGUCGAAAAAUCUGUUGAGGACUACGAUUACGACAGCAUCGAGCCCGAAAAUUCAAAAAGCACUACUUCAAACGACGAGACUUACGAGAAUUCUAGUUCUGAAUUCGGUACACGAAUUAGUGGAAAAAAUGAGAAGUGAAAAAAACUAAAAACCUUCUCAUUCCCCUGGUAUAAAACAAAUCCAGUGUAAAUAGAUUUUUUAUUCAUUACUUGAUAUCUGGCAGAGACGCGAGUUCGUCUCACAACUGGAGCUUUAUUUAUUACAAAUUAUUUAUUCUUAGGUUUAGGAAGUUUAAAGCUAAAGUUUAUGUAAUACCUGAUGAUGAGACAGCAGAUGACAAUUAGAUUUCUCAGAGUGGAAAUUCCAGUGUUAUUUUCAAUAAAAAUUGUUGACAAAAAAUAA